AUGGAAGAAUUUGAUAAAUUUAAUUAUGAAAUAGUGUUUCAUAAAUUAGAUAUGAAUUUCGCUCCUAAAAAUAGUCUCCUUUCUCUCACCUUUAAAAGAGGGACUAGUUCUUAGGAAUCUAAAAGAAAGUUUUAUUUAGAUGAUUAAUCAAAGCAGGCAAUAAUAAAUGAAGCAUUUUCUUUUAAAACAUAGCUACAAACAAAUAGAUAAAGAAAUUAAUAUUUAGAAAAAUAUGUUGAAGUGUAUAUAAAUUAAUGGAAGCAAGAAAAGAGUACAAUAAUUGGAGCUUUGAAGAUCAAUGUAGCAAAUUAUCCAAACAAUAAUAUUUAUGCAAGAUAUGAACAAGAUGUUCCCUUAGAAAAGUGUAAUGAUCUUUCAGCUAGGAUGAGUUAUUAAGUCAAGUGUUCAAAGACCGACAGUAGAGAAUCAAGUGAAAAAAGAAUUUAAAGUAAGUCACCAAUCCAAGGAUCGACCUCACACUAGUAGCAAGGAGUAGGAAGAUUAGGAAAUUCACAGUAAUUUAAUCAGCAGCAACAACAGCAGUAAAUAGCUUAUAAAUCCUUUGCUUAUAAGCAUCAUUCAGAACUCUCACCAGUUCAACCUAAAAGCAAGAACACUGACUAAGAAGAAUCUUCCAUGAGCCCAUACAAGGAAAUUCAUUAAUAAAGUAAUACAAAUCAAAGGUAAAAUAUAGAUGAAAUAAGCAAUAAUUAAUAAGGAAACAUUUCUACAACUGUAUCUGCAUCUAAGGCUCUUGGAGCUUCAUCAACUACUAAAAAAACUCCUCUCAUUACUAUAAAUAAAGAAAAAAAAGCUGAAAAGAAAAAUUUUAUCUUAAUAAACUAGAAAAAAUAAUAGAAUAGUUUCUCAGGAAAUAAUGAUGUUAUAAUAAAAAAUAAUACUCAAGCUACAAGCUAACUCUCAAAUUCUAAUAUUUCUGAUACUACUCAUGCUAAUAGCGAUAUGAAGGAAAGAAUGAGUAUUAAAUAAAGUUUACAGUCGUCAGCUGCUGCAACUUCUAAAACAAAAAAUUAUCUUAACUAAACUUCUUAAAGCAAAUCCCCUGAAUAAUCAUCUAAAUUAACAAAAAAUAAUCUUUUAACUCCAAGAACAAAAACCCCCACUCCAACUCCUCGUCCUAUAAGUGUUGUUUCAUAAUAAAGCUCCUCAACCAAAAAUUCUUCAAAAAAAGAAAUAGGAUAUAGAGAGAGAAGUGCAGAAUAGCACGAAUAAAAAAUGUUAUACAAUUCUAAAGCAGAAAAGUAAGAAAGCUUGCAAAAGCAGUAAGUUCCUAAUAAACGUAAAUUUAUAAUAGAGGGUAAGAGGAGAUAAGAAGAGAAGUAAAAUGUUAAAGAUAUUUAAAAUGCAGAGUUAGCAGAAAAGCUCUCAUUUUUAACUCAGAAAUUGAGAAACUAAAGUCAAGAACCUCCUAAAGAAAAAGGUUUAGGAAAUUAUAGCGACUAAAGCCAUAAUGAUUCAAAUAUUGAUAGCAGUUUAUAUUAAACAUAGUAAUAGAAAGAAUUGAGAGAUUUCAAAAAAAAAUAAAUGAAAGAAAUUUCAAAUUUAGAUAAUAUGAUAAACUAAAUGAAGACAGAUCCUUAAUUGGAAGACUUUGAGAGUGUCCAUGCAGAAAGUGAAAUUGCAGAAAAUGGUUAAAAAAAUUAAAAAAAGCUAAGAAAUGACAAUAGCAGCAGUACUUAGCAAGUUGACUUUGAAGAUGAUGAACUAUUUGAUAAUAGUAACUACAAUUCAAAUAAAGUAGAAAAGUAUAAUAAAAAUGGAAAAACCAAGUAACUAAACCACUCUGACUCUUAAGAGAUAAAUAAUGAUGAAGAAUUUCAUGAAGAACAAAGAGAACACUGCGUUAUUCCUGUAGCAUAAGAUUUAUAAAUAGAAAGAAAAUUUACUUUUAAUAGCUAGCAUGUUAAUGAAUAAUAAAUAAAAUUUGAAGAGAAAGAAAAAGAACUACAUGAAAAAAUUUAAACUUUAGAGUAGCACAUUUAAGUUUUAAAUAAAACUAUUGAGCAACUUAAUGUUUAAAAUUAAAUAAUUACUAACGAGCUAUCUUCUAGCUAGCAGUAGCUUUAAUUAUCAAAUUAAGAGAAAUAGCUACUUCUUUCUUCGAACUCAAUUCUCAAGCAGUAAAAUGAUGAUUUAUAAAACUAAUUAAAAGUGAAUCAAGAGAUAUACACUCUAAAAAUUAGUUAAAUCCAAGAAUCAGCAUAAUCUAAUUCAGGAACUCCUAAGGAAUUAGCAUAAUAGGUUGAAAAUACUUAAUACAUGGUGUAGCAAAUAAAGAUUUUGACUACAUAAAAUAAUGAUUUGACUAAUUAAGUUAAGUAGUAAUAAAAUACUAUAUUUGAAUAUUAAUCACAUUUAAGUGAAUAAGAAAAAACUAUUGAAGAGCUUAUAUUUAAGAUUAAUUAAAAAGAUCUCAUAGUUAAUGAGAAAUCUAAAGACAUGGAAGCAUUAAAAAAUGAAAUAGAAGGUAAAAUUAAAAAUGGCGUCUAAGCUAAAAAUGAUGAAAUAGAUUAGAUAAAAAGAGCAUAUGAAUUACAAAUUUAGGAGUUAUAAGAUAAAUUAAGAUUAGUCAGUGAAGAAAAGCAAAAUAUACUCAUAUAGUUUUAGGUAAAACAGUAAUAAUUUGAUGAUAAAGUAUAAGAGUUGAAUAGCUAAUUAUAGGAAGCUAACUAACGUUUAGAGUAGUUUGAAUAAUUUUACUAAAGCUUUUAAAGCUAAGGAUAAGCUACCUCAAUUGAGUAUUAAAAAGCUUUAGAGUAAAUAAAGGCUAUGGAAUAAAGUUUAGAAAUUAAUCAAAAUGAAAAAAGAAUGCUAGAAGAAGAAAUUGAAACUUUAAAGCAGAACAUGAACAAAAAUGAAAUGCAAUUAUCUUAAUCUCAUUAAAGAAAAAUAGAAAUCGUUGAAUAAGAAAAGAUUAAUUUAUAAUAAGAAAACAUGAAACUUUCUUCAAAAGUAGAAUAACUAAACAAAUAAAUUCAUGAAGCUGCCUUAAAUAUUCCAAUCAAUAAAGUUGCUACUGAAGAUUUUGAGAAAAUGUAUUUCAACUCAUAAAAAUAAUUAAUUAUAGUUCAAGAUAAAUAUAAAAUUGAGCUCGAAAGAUAACAAAUUGAAUUUAGUAAGCUUGAAAAUAUACUGAAAAUUUAUUAAUAAAGAUCUGAAUUUUUGGAAUAAACAAAUGAGUAUCUUGAAGCAUAGCUAAUUGAAACUAAAGAAGAUUUAUGUAAUGCUAUGAAUGGAAUAUUAGGAUCACAAUCUAAUGAAAUUUAUGAUAAUAUUGAGCAAUUCUUUUCAUUUAGAGAAAACAGAGCAUAUAACUUUAAUUGA